UUUGCUUUCCCUUUUCUUUCUUUUAUUCUCUCCAUGAGAACUCCUCCUCUCCCUUAUGGCCACAUCCCCGAGAGAUCCAUUGGGAUACCCACCAGAAUCCCGUGCUCCGCCGCCGUCCCCGGUCGCCGAACCACUCGCCGACGGAUCGGAAGCCCCGGGAGACGAAGAGCUCGCCGGAUUCUUGAGCCAGUCCCUCCGUAUCCCCGAACUAAACUUGCCGGACCGGAUCUUCCCCCGAAAUCCAGCGCCGUGGAAUCCUCCAGAGAUCGAUUUCCGGGCGAUGGUCUCGCCGGAGAACGACGGAUCGGCCGUGGAGCUUCUCAAGUCGACCGGGUCGGCGUUCGGGUGCUUCCAGCUCGUGAACCAUGGCAUCCCGCGGGAUUUGAUCGCCGCCGGCGAGGUCGCGGCCGCCGCGGCGUUCAGCAUUCCGCCGGAGAAGAAGAAGGCGGCGGCGAGGUCGCCGGAGAGGCGGUGGGGAUUCGAAGUGGAGGAGGAGGAGGAGGGAGGUGAGGAGUUGUUAUGGUAUCGGAACGACAUGGGAGAAAUAUUGGCGGGAAUUUGGACACCAGGUUACAAGGAUUUUAGUGAUAAAAUCGUACGGUUGUGGAUGGAGAUUGAGAGGAUUGCAAGCAAAAUAGGAGAGAUUUUGUUAGAGGAUGGUGCUCGUGGUACUCAAUCGUGUUCUCAGAGAAGAAGCGAAGAGGUAGCGGAAGGCUCAGUUCUUUGUCUCCAUAAGCAUGGUCAGAAUAAUUCAGUUGGUGGAUUAAAGAACGAAGUUCUACGAAUGGUGAUAAGGAGUUCGGGUUGCUCGCACACUUUGACUCUGCAUCUCUGUUGCCGGGCUACCGAGUUCCAUGUUUACUCGAAGAGAGGUUGGUUCCGGUUUUGUCCCAACAAUGAGGCCAUCGUCGUCACCAUCGGUAACCAGAUCCAGGCACGCAGUGGUGGGCUUUACAGGCAGGUGAUUGGAAAGCCUGUUUUCCAGGAUGGAGACCACAAUGAUUUUGUAACUAUAGCUUUCUUCUACUGUCAUCCAGUCUUCAUCAGUACUCACUCUCAUCCAACUGUGCGUGGGGAAAAGGCCAUCUCGCUCACUCAACAAGUCAUGAUAGGGGCAUGCUUAGUUCUCCUGUGCCACAUUAUAACUUAUAUCUAUGGCCGCUUCUGAUACUUGAUUGCAAUAAUGGUGUUUCCCUUCAAGUUAAUAUUGUUUGUCAAAAUGGAUUUGUGCAAUAUGGAGUUGGUCUGCUUUUUACCAAGCUGGAGAAGGAGAUUGGUUAGCUUCCCAUUCGUUUUAGUUCAACAUGAUGCUUGAUUUCCAUUUCUCAUGAUGUAUGUAAUUGGAUAUUCAAUGAUAUUACAUGCCACUGCUAUAUGAUUGCAAUGAAGGUAGAUUUGCAGUAAGUUGUAAAAGAAAGAGGAAAAACUGAAAAUUGAUAUUUUGGCAGC